AAAUUGUCACAGAUAUUAUAUCGCAUAGACCAAUGUUUAGUCAGGCUGCAGUAGACUGGAGGGCGUCUCCUAGUGGUGGGGACGCACCCGACUUAAGCCAAGAUGUAUUAGCCGAAAUUUAGUCCAAUGUCCUUCCACUCACUCAGUCAAUAAACGCGAUGUACUCCUUACAACAGUUCGAUUCUUGUUACUGUGACCAGUACAACCCUUUAGUGGCCCAGCGUCUCUUCAACCCCUAUUUCCCCCAUUUGUGGUUCCCGUUGCCGGUCAAGUUACAACAACCCCGUCCGGAAAAACCGCCCUAUUCUUACAUCGCCCUCAUUGCCAUGGCGAUCAGCUCAGCCCCCAAGGAGCGGCUCACGCUGAGCGGGAUCUACAGGUUCAUCAUGGAUAAUUUUCCAUACUACAGAGAGAACAAGCAAGGAUGGCAGAACUCGAUUCGGCAUAAUUUGAGUUUGAAUGACUGUUUUGUUAAAGUGCCGAGGGACAAAGUGUCGCCAAGGGGGCCCGAGCAGGCGGGGGGGAAGGGGAGUUAUUGGAUGUUGGACCCGAAAGCUGCAAAUAUGUUCGAAAAGGGGAACUACAGAAGGAGGAAGACGAGGAGGCAGAGGAUUGCCGAUUGUACGGCGAAUUUGUACCAGGAGCAGGCCCUCAGUUUGGUGACUAGGCCGCCGGAGAAGGCGACGACGCAAUCGGACCAAGAAUCGCAGAGAAAAAGCAAGAAUUCCACUCUAUUUACCAUCGAGAAUUUAAUUAAAAGCAACAGCUCGAGUCAUAAAACUGAUUAAAUAAAUACGAGCCAUCCGGAGUUCUUUGAUGUUACCAUGUUUUUUUGUGAUUUAAAUUAUUUGUAUUAGUUUUUGAGGAUUUCUCAACAAAUAAAGGUGUUUAUAUAAA